AUGGCUCAGAAUCCACUUGAUCUAGAGAAGCGAUAUGAUGUGAUUGUGACUAGCUCUGACCUGACGAGUUCACUGGUCGCUGCAGCAGUGUCUCGGGCAGGCAAAAAGGUGCUCCAUCUUGAUCCCUAUGAUCGCUAUGGGCAGGAAUGGGCUGCUUUGAAGCUUUUUGAUGUUAUUGCUGCGCCAGCUUUGCUUAUCAAAGAGCACCCGCUUCCGGAGAAUGUUCCUGUGGAUUGCGUCGCUACAACUCCACCUUCCCUCAUCAGCAAUGUCCACCUUGAAGCACCAGUUUUCGAGGAUGCUACCACUGGAAAGGCAUUUUUGACGGAUUUUGGCCGAACACCCCCAGAUGAUGUUAUUGAUCGAUUUUUUAACGAAUUUUAUCCAAAGCUAAAGCAAGCAAAGUCGUCAACGGAGGUCAAAGAGGUGCUGACAAUGCUUAAGGAAGAGUUGAGCAGCUUGAAUGCUUUUGACAAUUCCUUUUCUAUUGAUCUGACGCCAAGAUUUAUCUUCAGUAUUGGUGAAAUGGUGGACAUUCUCAUUCGCUCCAACGUCACGCGAUACCUCGAGUUUCGAAAAAUUGCUCGCAUUCUAACGCCCCUGGCAAAGCGUGAAGGUGAGGAGAGUAAUAACUUUGCACCUGGUUCCACCUUCAAGUUGAUCAACGUACCUUGCGUUCGAAAAGACGUCUUCAUGUCGAAAACCAUCUCAUUGAUAGAGAAGCGUCUUUUGAUGCUUUUCCUUGACUUUAUCAAAAACGCCUCUUCGACUAAAGCUACUUCGGAAAAGACGGUUCCCGAACUGACCCAACCUUUCAGCGAAUGUCUGGCAGAGCAAAAGAUGACUCCAAAGCUCUGUGAUCUACUCGUCCACUCGGUGCUCAUGGUAGAGCGCAGCGACUUGAUCAACACCAGCGAAGCUCUGGCCAAGAUUGGACGUUUCAUGUCGGCCAUUGGUCGCUUUGCCGAUCGUCCCUAUCUCAUUCCCACCUACGGCACUGAUGAUCUCGUGCAAGCCUUCUGCCGCUACUCGGCCAUCUACGGAGCAACGUACUGCCUGAACAGUGUUGUACAGAGUCUGAAAAUUGACGACCAAGGCGAGGGUGGAAAGAAGCUGGUGAGCAGUGUCAACCUGAUGAUGGAGCGCGAGGGGGCCAUUUCGGUUGAAUGUGAUCACCUGGUGACCAACUAUCAAUUUCCGACCGUCUCACAACAGUCCCCGUCAGAGAAGUCUCUGCAGGCACUCUCUCGGGCCAUCGUCUGCAGCCGACAGUCUAUCUGUGCUGAUGGCCUGGCCGAAUACGAGAAUACCAGUGUGCUUUACCUUCCACCAGAGAUGGUCGGCUCAAGAUCGGCCGUGUACGUCUUUGAGACGGACAAGUCGACAAACGCUUGUCCGAAGGGCCUUUACAUUCAGUUUUUCUGGUGUGAUGCCACUCUGACGGCGGUCGAAGACCUCAAGCCUGUCAUCGAGAAGCUGUACAGUGCCAGGGUGGGGACAGAUUCCGAAGACAGCUGCGAACCGCCUCUCUGGUCUCUGUACUUUACCCAAUCAACGGAGAAGCCCUAUUCAGGCACUCAGCCCCUGGCGGAGAACCUGCACCACAUCUCACCACCUGUGAAUGAGCUGGACUUUGAAGCUGUCGUCGCCGAAGCAAAGGCAAUCUUUGAGAAAAUGUACCCAGAAGAGAAGCGAACACUCGAGUCGUGGUCGUGA